GCCGUCGACGUUGCGGCUGAUGUCACGGGGUGCCGGCGGCGCAAGGCGGGUGCAAGGCGCCAGCAGCGGGGCUGGGGGCGGAUGGGCAUUGCCCGCGGGGCUCCCGCCAGGCCUGCUCCGGCUCCCGGCCACAGCCGCACUGCCCAGCGCGGUCGCUCUCCUGGGCCCAGCGGCGCCACCCUCCCUGUCCUGUCCCGUCCCAUUCUAUCGCCUCGGCUGCCCGCAGCCCGGUGCUCGGCGCAGUGCCCGCCGGGCGAGCCCGGACAAGGAUCUGAGGGCGGAGGACUCCGUCUUCCGGAGGAAAUGGGACAAAGACAGGGUGAAACGUAGGGCAGGCCAAGUGUGUUGCAACUGACCGGGAAGCGUAGGCGUUUGGCGGCUGCCGGUGUCUCCCCUCAGGAAAAAACGGAGCCCCAAGAACCUCGGUCUGAAUUCGCCUCUUUCAUCUGCUUCCCUCUAAAACUCCCAGAUAGACCAUUUGGAACUGGUAUUUGAGCUCCCCGACUCUGCUCCCCCCUCACCCCGCGCAGCUCGGCCCGCCGCUUCGGGGCUGCGUGAGGCGGGGGGUGAGGGAGCCUGGGCAGCGCCCGAUGUUCUGGGGUGGGCGGUGUGAGCCUCAGCCCCGAACUGACGGGCGUAGCCCGCAGCUUGCUGCCUGGUGCUGAGCACAGCUCCAGGAAAAUGCUGGCCUCCUGUGACUUUGCUUAAAGCCUCAUCGGAAGAUACACCAUCUACUUUUCAAAAUAAAUGGCCACAUCUGCAGGGAAGGAGGGUCGUGUUUGUAACGAGAGCGAGUGCAGCUGUUGUGAAACUGGCCAUUUGCAGUGGGUGCUCCCUAAGGAAAGUAAAUACCUUCCACUACUCUCCUCUGCCCCGGUAGAGUUUUUACAGGUGGGUUGUUUAGUCAGCCCCAUUGGCAAAGCCAGCAGGCUGUUACAGGGAGGAGAGUAUCACCACCAAGAAAGGCUUCAACAAAAGCAAAUAGUCUGCUUGGUAACUGUGUCCAGGCUGAAGGGGUUUGCUUUCCAGCAGUUGGUACCCUGGGAGCCGUCAGCCCACGCAUUGUGACAGUGGUGUAGCCACCCCUCUUCUGUGCGGUUUAGUGCACUCGGUAUAACUAUGACAGCAAAAGGUGAAGAAACAAAAAAAGUGUGCUGGAUGGAACCCAUCUUUGUUCAGGGCUUUCCAUGCAUCGUGGACACUCAGUAGGAGAGGAGUGGGACACUAGCAACCACUACUUAGAGCAGGAAGAGUUUUUCUUUCGUCAUUCAUCUCUUCGGAUGAAGUUAUUUGCCAUUUCACAAUUAUUCCACCCCAUCUUCCAGCUUUACUCACAAAGGAUUUAUACAAUCCCAGCAGUGUGGGACAGAAAGGUCCAUUUAAGUCAACACAUCACUGUCCCCCUCAGGGUGAACUACAGCCAUGUUUUGCAUUUGUAUUGCAGACUGCAUUAUGCUCACCAUGCAGAAUAUUUGCUGAGAAGAUUAAUUUCUUGGAAACCAGCCAGAAUCCAGCAAUGCUCAUACUAAAGCACAUGUCAGGACAUUUUAAAAGCACCACAACGUUGGCAUGAUGACCAUAGAAAUUGCUUGCUGAUGGUGAACUCUGCAGCUGAAUCCAAUCAGUGUCGUGAAAUGGUCCUUUCAGCUUCCUCUGACUCAUAAUAAUACUUGAGGUCAGACUGCAGCUCUUAAUACAGGGCUGUGAAGAGCUGCACCUGUUGAAGUGCUGCACUGGCCCAAGGAGGAAUGGAUCAGUCUGGAACAUUUCAGAUAUUCAUCAUGUGUCUUUCCAGCUCAUGAAGUCGUGCUGCACCAAAGGGAUGCCUUUUAAUCCCCUGUGCUUCCUGGCUUGUGCACGUUGUGCCCAAGCAGACAGGAGACCUUGGAACGGUCCACACGCUCCACACUGACUUCCCAUGGGCAGAGCUAAGGACGUCUAGCCUCUUCUCUUCCUGCUUUGCAGAUGUGGUGGUUUGGCUGAAUUCAGGACAGUGGCUAAAUGCAAGGUCAAAGACAUUACGGGAGCAAGGAGAGCUGUGGAGGAAAAAAAAUAUCAAGGGGAAGCCUGCCACCUGCAGCGUUGAAGCAUGAGUACUGAUGCCAGCCAGGUGGUGAUCACUACUCCCCCCUCAGCCACAAUGCCUCACAAGGAGCGGUACUUUGAUCGCAUCAACGAGAACGACCCGGAGUAUAUUCGGGAGAGGAACAUGUCUCCUGACCUGAGACAGGACUUCAACAUGAUGGAGCAGAGGAAGAGAGUCACUCAGAUACUGCAGAGCCCUGCCUUUAGAGAAGAUCUGGAAUGCCUUAUUCAAGAACAGAUGAAGAAGGGCAAUAACCCCACUGGACUGCUUGCAUUACAGCAAAUUGCUGACUACAUUACAGCAAGCUCAUUUUCAGGUUUUUCCUCAUCCUCACUCAGCCAUGGAAUGAUUACACCAAUCAAUGACCUACCUGGGAUAGAUACCUCCUCCUUUGUUAAAGGAGAAAAGCUUACUCGUUGCAAGUUAGCCAGUUUAUACAGAUUGGCUGACUUGUUUGGAUGGGCACACUUGCCAAAUGCCUAUAUCACAGUGAGAGUAAGCAAAGAACAUGACCAUAUUUUAAUCAUACCAAGAGGUCUGUCCUUCUCAGAAGCUUCAGCUUCUAAUUUGGUUAAAGUAAACAUCCUAGGAGAUGUAGUUGACCAGGGAAGUACAACUCUAAGUAUUGACAAUGCAGGAUUCAGUCCACAUGUGGCCAUCUACUCCACACGCCCUGAUGUCAAAUGUGUAAUACACAUACAUACCCCUGCCACAGCAGCUGUUUCAUCUAUGAAAUGUGGCAUCCUUCCCAUAUCACAAGAGGCUCUGAUUCUGGGAGACGUUGCUUAUUACGACUACCAGGGCUCUCUUGAUGAACAGGAAGAGAGAAUUCAGCUUCAGAAGGUUCUUGGACCCAGUUGCAAGAUAUUAGUUUUGAGAAACCAUGGUGUCGUAGCUCUAGGAGAGACACUGGAAGAAGCAUUCCACUAUAUUUUCAAUGUGCAGCUGGCUUGUGAGACACAGGUUCAUGCAUUAGCUGGAGCAGGUGGGGUAGACAAUCUGCUAGUACUGGAUCUGCAGAAGUUCAAGCCUUCCACACAUGGUGUGGCAGCCACUGGAGGAGGUGGAGUUAAUAUGGCUUCACAACACAAGUGGAAAGUUGGGGAGCAAGAAUUUGAAGCGCUUAUGCGGAUGCUGGACAACCUGGGAUACAGAACUGGCUAUGCCUACAGGCAACCAUUAGUCAGGGAAAAACCCAGACAUAAGAGUGACGUUGAAAUCCCAGCCACUGUGACUGCUUUUUCCUUUGAAGAUGAUACAAUCCCCCUUUCCCCCUUGAAAUUCCUGGCUCAGAGGCAACAGAGGGAAAAGACAAGAUGGCUGAACUCUCCAAACACAUACUUGAAAGUUAAUGUGCCUGAGGAGUCCUGGAAUGGGGAAACCAGUCCCAGGACUAAGAUCACGUGGAUGAAAGCUGAUGACUCCUCCAUCAGUGGAGGAACACCAAUCAAAAUUGAAGAUCCAAACCAAUUUGUUCCUCUAAACACAAACCCAAGUGAAGUGUUGGAAAAGAGAAAUAAGAUAAGGGAGCAAAAUCGAUAUGACCUAAAGACUGCAGGACCACAGUCACAGCUGCUGGCUGGAAUCGUCGUGGAUAAAAAGCCAAGUCCACCAAUGCAAUUUGAAGAUGAUGAGCAUGCACCACCAGCACCGCCAAACCCAUUCAGCCAUCUCACAGAAAAGGAACUGGAAGAGUACAAGAAAACAAUUGAGCGCAAGCAGCAAGGGUUAGAAGAUGCUGAACAGGAAUUAUUCUCAGAUGACGGUUCAUCUGUCUCACAAAUUCAGUCACAAACUCAAUCCCCGCAAAAUGUCCCAUCAAAGUUAGAAGAAAAUCAUGAAGAUCUCUAUACCCAGAAUGCUAACUUAAUCUCUGUGGAGUUGCCAGUUGUGGUGGUGAACGGCAAGGAGGAUGCCCAUGACGUGGAAGAAGAUCUCACCAAGAGAGUCAGUCAGUUAACCACUAGUACUGUGGAAAGCGUAGAGAUUACAAUUAAAAGCUCUGAAAAGAUAGAAGAGGCCCUGUCCCCUGAAGGGUCACCUUCCAAAUCCCCAUCAAAGAAAAAGAAGAAAUUCCGCACCCCAUCUUUCCUGAAAAAGAGUAAAAAGAAGGAGAAAGUAGAAGUGUGAGUGCAAUUCUGUAGUGAGGAGACAUUGCACAUUUUAAACGUUUCAGUUUGACCAUUAACAGCUUAGCGUUAGGGGUGUGCAGUAACUGGACUUUUAACCUAAAGGAAAGGGAACUGGAAGAGGUUUUGCUUUAAAAACAAACAACAAAAAACACAUAAAAAGAAAACAAACAUAAAAAAAUUAUAUAUCUAUUUCAUGUUCAUUGAAAAUUAAUUCAUCUCUCACUUAACUAUGCCCAAAAUUGCUACAAGGGUUGGAAACAUUCAUUAGUUUAAUGUAGAACCACACUGGCAGGUGCUCGGUUGCCAUCAUAGCAGGAUCAAAUAAAUACUACCACAGUAUGCAGCAGCAGCAAGGUCUGCCUGGAGUAUUUUGCAGACCUGAACAUUUUCAGUACAGUUCAAGUCUUUAAUAGAAGUUACUGUGGAGUAACUAUUUUAAACUGCUGUCUCAUUUGGUAACCAGAGCCUACAUUUUUUGGUAUUGUGGUUUUGACCAUCUCUCUCUUCUGUUUCUGCACCCUUGUUGGACCUGGGUGCAUAUUAACAGCACACCUUUAAAAUCUUUUAUUUUUUAAGGUUAGAUCAUAUAGACUAUGAUACACUGGCACAUAAUAUUGGGGGGGUUGGGGGAGAUGACUGCAUAAGAGAAAAGAUUUAUUUGGAAUUACACAAAAUGGCUAAAGAAUUCUGUUCUUCGAUAACUUUUUUGCCAAAUAUGUCAUUUUAGCGAAAUAUAAUUUUUGAAGACUUCUUUUUUAUUCUAUCAGUUUGGGAGGGGGGGUGUGGUCAGAGGUGGGUGGGAGAGGGAAACCCUUAUUUUUCAAGAAAAGGGGAUUUUAUACAUUAACAUUGAUAAUUUAGUUUAACUGGCAAAACAAACAAAAAGAUUUUAUAUGUUCAAAUGUUUGUAUACCGCUCAGUAUAAAAGGUAUUUUAAGCAUGUGAAUCAAGCAUUUAAUAGUAGAGUGUAUUUAAGAAUGCUUGGGUUAGAGUAUACUUAAAUAUAAUUCAGGAAUCCAGGGACUUAGAAAUCAAAGGAUAAAAGCAUAUAAAAAUUGAACUGGAUUCAUGUUUAAAAAUUACAUGUGGGUUAUUUUUGUGGUGUUUUGUUUUUCUUCCUCUCUCUCUCUCGUGGUAUCGCUAACGAAUGAAGAAAAAUAAUCUCUUAACAUAACCAAAUGAAGGAAACAAAACUGUUAAAAGGGAAAGUGAAAUAGUAAGAAAAUAGGAAGAGACAAAGAAAGUAAAAGUUUGGUGAUUUUUUUUUUCUUUUUGAGUAUGUGAUGAGGAAUAUUUUUAUCGACUCAGCAAAGCGCCAUUUCCAUGUUAGACGUUUGGAAUCAUUUGUUUGGAUUCAGGCAGAGUGCAACACGUUGGCUUUGUUCUUCGCUUCCACUUUGGGUUAUAAAAGGGUCUCGUCGAGUCUGUGUUGUCCUUUGGAUGAACCCAGAGCAAAUCAGAGCCUAGUGCCAUGGGUAAGGGUCGUACAGCCGCUUACUCAUUUUUACUGAUCUUGUCAUUUUAGUACUUUUACUGUGUUGUAAAUAUGAACUAAGCAUAGAAGCUAACUUAGGGUUUUUCUUCGCUGUGUCGAAUAGUCUGUAAAUCACCAUCACGAUAGCAAGCGCAUUUUUAAAGAUCCAUGUGAUUCCUAAACUGCCAGUUUGAACUAUUACACCACAUUUAAUCAUGGAAUAUGGCUGGAGAGUGGUUUGGCAUGCAAAAAAAAGAAAACCACAUAAAAUUAAAUCAUUAAAAAAUGUUGAUUAUAGCAUGUUCAGAGGGCUGGUUAGCUUUGACCGUGUUCAGUGUCGAUGUCGGAAUGGAUCCUGGAAACAAUUUCCUAGCUGUCACUAAAUACUGGAAUCAGUGUUUUUUAAUCAUAGUGGAACCUUUCAGUUGCUUAACUUUGUCGUUUUGUUUUGUUGGUUUGUUUUGGGGUUUUUUGGGGUUUUUUUUUCCUAAUGUUCUACAUUAUUUGUGUCGUAUUACAACAUCUGUAGAAACAGUAACCUGUGAACUCUUUGCUUUUCAUAACUUUUUAAAGAGUAUAUCUAAAAAAAAAUGAGUGCCACGUGCAUAAAUAUUUUUUAAAGCUCAAUUGUGAACUAUUUGCACCUUUUUUUUUGGUUCUUUCUCCCUUUUUUUUUUUUUUGCUAAUGCCUCUAUUUACUUGCUUUGGCGUACAGAAUGAGCCAGCCAACUCUUGUGUCCUGUGGAAAACAAACAGACAAAAAAAAAUUAUAUAUAUAUAUAUAAAUGUUAUCUGAAAAUUGCUCAUAGAUGUAAUGCUAAUUAAUGUUAAAAAAAAAAAAUCACACAAAUAAACAGUAUUUUAAAUAGA